AUUUUAUACAACAAAAGGAUUUAUCGUCACUUUAAAAGAGGGUAGCCGUGGUGUGCCUAUAAUCAUGCUGCCACAUGUUCGGCCUGUGCUGGGCCAGUUGGUCAAUGUAGGACAGUGUACAGAAAUUGUACCAUUUUUCAAAUACAAUUAGACUACACAUGAUAGGGAACAUACAGAGGUGGAAGGCUGUGUUGCUGUUUUCAGAAAAUAUUCCGGAAAUGCCCAUAGAGAUAUGUAUUACCUACGCAAGACAUGUGCCUUACUAUCACUGGGAUGGUUAUUUUACUAAUGCAUUUAACUAUCCAAGAAAACAAAGGAUGCUACAUCUACUAAUAAAAUUCACACUUGAGAGAAAUCGUACACUUGUGGCACAUCCUGUGUAGUGUUGCAUUCACUAACUAGUAUCAGUGGUAUACAUAAACUGCGAAUUUCAACUGGAGAGAAAGUGGUAUAUAUGAAACAUGAUAUGCUGCUGAUAGUCAUAAGUCAAAAGCAAACCAACAUGAGAAAACACAAAGAAGCGAACCCAUACAAAUGUGGCACUUGCAGUGCUGCUUUUGCUAGAAAAUUCUCUUUACAGUGUCAUACGAGAACUCACACAGGAGAAAAACCAUACAAAUGUGGAACUUGUGGUGUUUCUUUUGCAAGACCCUCUAAUUUACAAAAACACAUGAGUAUUCACACUGGGGAAAAACCGUACAAAUGUGACAUGUGCAGUGCUUCUUUUUCAAGAAACGCUCAUUUACAAUAUCACAUGAGAGUUCAUACAGAAGAGAAACAAUACAAAUGUGACCUAUGCAGUGCUUCGUUUGGUUUGAAGGGUCAUUUGCAACGACACAAAAAGAAAGUUCACACAGGAGAUAAUUCAUAUAAAUGUGACACAUGCAAUGCUGCCUUUUGGAGAAAAAAUGGUUUACAAAGUCAUCUGAGAAUUCACACACCAGAGAAGCAGUACAUUUGUGAAUUCUGUUCAGCUACUUUUAGUUGGAAAGGUGAUUUACGAGACCAUAUGAAAAUACACCCAAGAAGUAAACCAUACAAAUGCGGGAAAUGUUUUGCUGACUUUGUUCAAAGCAGUAGUUUACAACGCCAUUUGAGGAAACAUACAGAGGAUAAAACAGAGGUGAAACUAUACAAAUGCGAGUUAUGCGGCGCUGCCUUUACACUGGAACAGUAUCUUAGUAGUUGUAGAUCAAAAACAGGGAGUACACAGGAAGAACGACAGACUUGUGAGACAUUCGGAACUACUUGCACAUCCCUACCAUACAAGUGUGAAUCCACGUGUGAGACAUUCCGAACUACUUGCACACCCAAACCAACCAAGUGUGAAUCCACGUGUGAGAUAUUUGAAACUACUUGCACACUCAAACCAACCAAGUGUGAAUCCACAUGUGAGACAUUCGGACUUACUUGCACACCUCUGGAAAUCAAAAGUGAACCAACGUGUGAGCCAUUUGGAACUUCUUGCUCAUCCCUAGCAACCAAGUGUGAAUCCACGCGUGAGCCAUUCAGAACUUUUUGUUCACCCCUAGCAACCAAGUGUGAAUCAACGUGUGAGACAUUAGGAACUUCAAGUUCACCCCUAGCAACCAAGUGUGAAUCAACGUGUGAGACAUUCGGAACUUCUAGUUAACCCCUGGCAACCAAGUGUGAAUCUACUUGUGAGACAUUCGGAUAUUCUUGUUCACCCCUAGCAACCAAGUGUGAAUCCACAUGUGAGACAUUCGGAACUUAUUGUUAACCCCUAGCAACCAAGUGUGAAACUUCUUGGGAGUCGGAUAUUCUUGUUCACCCCUAGCAACCAAAUGUGUGAAUCUACGUGUGAGACAUUCGGAACUACUUUAACACUUACGAACAACAAAGUGUGAACCAAUUUGUGUGACGAAUGAAGCUCAAUUCGGAACUCCUCGGCCAUUUUAUUCGAAAACAACUUCGGAUGUUUUUGGACGGUUUUCAUACUCAGAAAUUGGUAUGUUUAAUUCCGCUACAAGUAGAUCGCGUAGUAAUUUAAUUUUGCAGUUAAAGUUAAUGACUUAAGUUUUGGUAAACUGAAUUAUGUUUGACAAAAUACACUUUAAAUAUUAUUUGCAAUCAAAUUAAACUUAGAUCAACAUAUAUAAGCUAAACUAAUAUAAAUGACAUAAUUCAAAAUUUAACGAACUACUUCUACUGAUCUUCUAAGUGAUUACUUAUCAUUAUCACAUGUUUAUCAAUUUAUGUUUUAAAGGAACCGUUUCGAUGUCCGUUAAUAGACAAACACCGAUAUAAAAUAUGUUCUUAUAAUCAGACUUCCCGAAAGUUGAAAAAAGGUGGCAGACAUUCGGUCUGACAAGACAUAAAAAUCUGUCAGACCGAAAGAAAAUCUGCCAGACCGAAACAAGAGGAACAAAAACGAAGUAAUAACAUUGCUUUAUUCAUCAAUAGCAGCUUACUGCUAAAUAAAGGCUUUAUU